AUGUCACAAAAUGAACGAUCCCCUAAUAACGAUAAUGACUCAUUGAUAUUAUCUUUUAAUGGCGAUGCAAAUCACGAGUUUAAAGAAAUAAAUGAAAAUCUCAGUAUCGUUCGUGAUGUAAUAAGAAAUUUAGUACCUUUGGGUGCGAUUAAAGUAGCCGAAGGUAUUGUAAUUGAGCCGGUUGUUGAUUAUGUGUUCGAGAGUUGCAAACGUAAUCCGAAUAUGGUUUUCGUUACAUUAUAUUAUGCAAGAGGUUUACAAGAAAUAGAUCAUCAUGAAGGUGAUAGUGUUGGUCCAGCUUUGAGGGAUAUGAGAAAAAAGAGGAUUGAAUGUAGCGAGUUAUUAGCUAGAGAAUUGGUUCAUAAAUUUAAUGACCAGGAUCUUUUAUUCACAAAAGUACUGACUAAACGAUACGCAUUCUCACAAUAUGAUGAAAUCAGCAACCGCAAAAAUGCUUUAGAUCUCGCAACAAGGCUUUAUUCCGAAAUGGGCAAUUGCGGCGCAAUUUUCUUGUCUGAUAAUGAAGUUCAAGCGUGCGCAUUAUGGUCUGGUCACUUAGUACCACGAAUUUCUCGUACAUUUCCAAUUUUGGCCGUAAUUGAUUAUUACAUUCCAAAUCAUAAUCUAAAUUUCUUGGAAAACUUCAAGAAUUUAGAAUUAUUAAAUAUUCCCAGGAAUCAAUAUUUACUUGACGUUUUCUCAUAUAUUAUGUUUUUGAUAAUUUAUACUAUGGUCGCGGCUAAUUAUAACGAAAUACCUACCGACUUUGCGCUUAGAAUUAAACAUGUUACAAGUUUUGAUCAUUAUAUUCCUCAAUUCCAUAGAAAAGCUCUCUCAUUAGUUCCUAUAUUCCUAUACUGGCGUGUUCUUUUAACUUUGGAAGCAUUUCAACCAAUUGGAAGAUGGUUGACACAAAUUUCAAGAAUCUUAAAGAAGAGCAUGUCAUAUUAUAUCUUAUUAGCUUUAGCAUGUAUUGCAUUCUUUCAAUCAUUUUUGGUGCUUGAAAACACUCAUAAACGUCAUGAAGGAGAUGAUGAUCAUUUAGGUGACAAAAAUGAAUGGGGAAUUUUCGCACUUUUGAUCAAGGGAAUAUUAAAUGCACCGGAUUUCCCGGCCGCGAGCAAAUUGGAGAAUAAAUUUGGCUUCGUAUUAUACUCUGUUUAUGUUUUUACAGUCAGUGUUAUUCUAUUUGCCGUCUUGCUUCCACUCUUUAUGACGGCAUUUGCUACUAGACGUUCAGUCCCCGAAGAAUAUUUAGCACAUUUCGCACAUAUAGUCAUAAGAAAAGUAAAACACAAUCAACCAACUCGAUACAAUUAUCCGUCGCCAUUUAACCUCUUAUAUUAUACACUCGUUCUACCAAUAAGUUCAUUAAGUAUUAUUAUUGGACAUAAUCAUAUACGUUUAUAUGCAAAUAUUGAAAAAAUUUUAACAAGAAUUAUUUUUUUUAUUCCAAUGAUUGGAUUUGCUUUUAUUGAAACACAUUUUGUUAAUGAUAAACAAGAUAAAGAGGCUAGAGAUUUGGACUUGAGAGAAUUACCGGGUUUACCUAUUCCCGAAGAUGAAAAGCAAAUGCUUAGAAGAAUUUUGUAUGGAUUAAAUGAUAUUAAGGAACAACAUAGAAGUCUUCAUUUUAGAUUAGAAGCUAUAGAAUCGCAAUUAGCUUAA